AGUCGGGCUUCGGCUCGUGAUCAACUACAUGCGUCGGUAUGUGUAGGUGCGACGACUUUAUGUUUACGUUUACAAAGAAAUGGGUCAACUUUUUUCGUGGAACGAGUACUUGUAGUAAAAAUUCUGUGUAUUUUUACAGCAGUGAAUGAUCACUAUAUCGUCACAAAAUAGAACGUUGCAUGGAAAGUUUGAUAACAGUAUUCGCAACUUAACCUGUUUCGACGCAGAGUGAGUCAAAUAUGUUUCGAAAUAUCGUUUUGAUUGAACGUGUAACCCACUGUGUAAUAUAACAACAGACUAACUAUAGAGCUCUGAACAACUUACAAGAUACUCGUCAUACUUGGACGAGCUGUGUUAUUGACGUAGUUAAAGAAUUAAUUACGGGAAGAAAUCUCCAAGCAUGGGCAUAUUAACAAAUGCUUAUGUUCUUGGCAUCCAAAGAGGUGCUUUGUUUGCUGGAAUAUUUUCAUUGGUUUUAGCCAUUUUCACUGUCUGCACAGCAAUAUUUGACCUUUAUUGUCUAUCUCAAGCUGCUCCAGGUUCAACGCAUUAUGGAUACUACAUGAUAUCGUAUGAAUUUGUAUAUGUAGGCAAUCAACAUGUUCGCAAUGCUCUCAUAGUGUUUGCUCUGUUCUCCAUGCUUGGUGGGAUAGUAGUUUUUGUAACAUCGUUAAUAUUAAUAACUGCUUUACGAAAGGAAUAUGAGAAGAAAAUGGUGCCUUGGUUGUACAGUUUUGCUGCGUUCAGUAUUUUUAGACUGUUUGCUUUUGUAUUCUUCAGUACAGUAAAUGACAUGAUAUUUGCUUACAACAUCAUGAUGUGCCUUCUGUGGUCUAUAUUUACUUGUAUCUCCAUCUAUGGAUGGUUAAUAGUGUACUCUUUGUACAUCGAGUUGAGCGAUCUCACAAGAUUGGAAGAUCUUGCACAUUUGAGAAUCGGUACCAUGCAAUCACUGAACGCAUCUACCACACAGUCCAUUACUGGUUCUCGACCAACAACACCUCACAGCGCGGUAUCAACAAUGCCCGCAACUUAAAUGGAAAGAUUUAAAUCUCCAUUAUUAUCUAUCUGCGGUAAAGACUCUAGAUAUUCGUUGCGGAAGUAGAUCAAGCGCAAACUAAAAUGUAUCAAGAUUAAUGUUGGAACGAUAUGGUCCUGUGAUGUUCAGACCCAAGUUCUGUGACUUAGGCUGCUCGCUUCCCUAGAUUCUGUCGUCAAUGUGGCAGCUGUCGGUUAUUACCACGUUAAAAGGUAACAAUCCAAUGUGAAGAUGCCUUUGUCAUUUAAAGCGAUAUUGAUGAAGAACGUGCCACGCAAAGCGCGGCACAUUUGCUAGUAUUAUGAUACUGCCUUAGCGCGAUGCGUAUUCAAUUCAAUCCGUCCAUUUUUAUUGAAGUCC